CAGAGGGAUAGCAAAUACGGGAUUCCAAAGCGGAAUCUAUCAUUGAAAUUGUGCGACAGCGAUGCCGUUUUGAAAAUUAUAGUCCUUUUCGUAAAUUUCAAUUUCAUAGUAAUUACUAGUCCAAGAAUCACUUUGUUUCAUUGGGAAAGUGGGGUUUAUGUUCAGGGCACGUGUUCAGAGACAGUCAACAAGCGCUAUUGAGUAUUGUCAACAUACACGCCUUUGUCCAUUAUUACACAGAGCCUCGUUCUGGCAUCAAUAUUACACUGUUUGUGGAUCUACCUUGAAAAGGGCGGACGUUUUGUGCGAGUUCAAGUCGAAAGGUAUCAUGGAUUUUACCAAGAUCAUUGCAGUUAUCUUUGCCUGUAUAUGUGUGUCCCACGCAGAGACCACAGCAAAACUUACCGAUGCAACGCCAAAAGAAGGCGAGCAGGUUACGCUCAUAUGCGUAACUUCUCCGGCUGGAAGUCGAUAUGCUGGGUUUUCGCACACAAAAGCAUUCACAGAGACUGGACCGACCAUUUUGCUGGGAGCUAUGUUGGACCUUAAGAAAAAUGUACCAAUUAUUGCUGAAGAUCGUUACUCUAUAGUUGCAAAAGUUGAAGGAGUACCAGAAGCUGAGCAUUACAAUCUUACCAUCAAAAAUGUGAAGUUUGCUGAUAGCGGUUUCUUGGGUUGUAAAUACGUAGACACAAGGAACAAUGUAGAUGAGAAAAAGGCUGCAAAACUUUUAGUUCAAGUUGAUGGAGACACAGUAGAAUUUGCUGAAUAUCAAGAUAACACUGAUCUUGACUACGAGAACUUCAAGGGCAAGAACCUGAAGCUGACUUGUUUGGCCAAGGGUAAAAUUCCCGGAACCCAGAAACUCUUUUUGGGAACUGAAGAUAUCACGAGCCAAGCUCAAGUCUCUGUCGUUGAUACUGGAUUGAAGCAGAAGGGUGUAACUGGAAGGGCUGAGGCUGAAUGGUCAUCUACCCUCAUCUUUGACAAACCUUUCACCGAGGAUAUGCUCAGCAAGUCAGUUAGUUGCCAGUACAAGACGGGUGACUUCCCCAUGAAGAAGACUCGUGUCCAUCUUCAGUCUGCAGUUGCCAAGCCUCAUCUGAUGUGUUCCAAUACUGAAAUCGAUGAAGUUGAAUUUGGCCAGCCAGCUAACUUCUCUUGCAGUGUCAACAUCAAACCAGAACUCACCAAUAUGACCUACACAUGGAUGGAUGGUGACACCACACAAUACCUUUCAAAAGGUGGCAACUUUAAGAACCAGAUAGUUUCCUUAUACGAGCCUAGUGCCAAUGGAACGAUGGCCACUUUGACCCUCUUAUUCAAAAAAGUUCGAUUCCACCAUAAGAAUUUGAAGGUUACUUUGUAUGUUAGCAACACUGGUGGCCAUUCCACUCAAGAUUUCCUUAUAAGGAAUGUUGGAGAAGCAGCAUCAGGAUCAUUACCUUUAGUACCAUCCUUCGUUACCAUCCUGUUGGCAGCUGUGGCACUCAUAUGGAGAGGACUAUAAACCAAUCUUAGCUAUAAUUCUGUGGAGUAUGACAAGGCAUGUGUAUUUACAUGUGUAUUAUGGUGUCCUGCAUUGUGUUACUGUCUCUCUGUAUAUCUCUUUGACUCGAUAUUUAUUGUAGUGUUACUUGUAAGUGCCUCAAGGAAUUCUAGAGAAGCGUGCCAGCAACUGCAGUGCAGGGAAUUAUGCUUAGAGGCCGAUUGAGGCUUUUGGUGAAGAAAGAAUCAACGUCAUGAAGUAACAUCUCUGUUGAUGAUUUGAGGGUUAAGAGUUGAUCUGAGUUCCAUCUCCUGAACACCAAUUCAAGUGUUUCGUUUAGAAUAAGGGUAGUGCAGUAACCUGGUACUCUGAACUCCAGAAGUGGAGGACUGCAGUUCUUGCAGAUUUUGAGACAUGACAGCUAGUUCUUCAUUUUGAGGUGGUUGACCAAAAUCGUCUUUAAUCCUUGAAUUGUCGGAAGGUUCUGGCAUUAUUAAUUGUAAACACAUGUAAAAUAUCAUUGUCAGAACUGCUGAAUUAUGUAUUUUGAAAUCAAUAUCUGGUUGAGUCUGGUCGUCCGCAUCUUAAAAAUCAAUUGUAAAUACUCUAAAACUGGGCAUACCUUUUGUAAAUUUCAAAUUGAAAAUUUACUAGUUUUAUUCAAAUGAUCCGUUUCAAUUAUAACCUGGUUUGGGAAGAUACUGCUUCAAAAUUUGUGUUACUUUUCGGAGACUUCCGGUAUAGACAGAAGUCACUGAACGGUCCAUCCAUACUUUCCAAAUAAUCACUUCAUUAUUGAAGCGAGUUUUUUAAGAAUCCGUGUUUAAACUCAUAGAACAUUGUGGUGGCCUUUGUAGUUUUGUGCACAGGCGGUGUUGCACAUGUUUCGCACUGAAACUUUUCUAAUAUUUAGUGAAGCUUUUAGAUGGUGUUGCUGUCGCUUUCUGUAUUUUGGAGAAGAAAAUAAAAUUGGCCUAUGCAACGCUGUCUGUGAUGUCAAAGUGUAUCAAAGGCUUAGGUUUCUACAGUGCAGAUUGCAUUAGUCUUGCCCAGGUAUGAGCGACAUAUUCAUUCAACUGAUCAGUUUUGGAAAGGAUGGCAAAAAUCUGAGUUCGGAAAAAGGUUAAAAAACAUAUUCACAUUUAAGUGACACUGAUUCUUGUUGAUUUUAGAUUUGAUUAACAUAAGAGUUUCGAUUAAACUGGAGUUGGCAAAUUCAGCUGACCUUACUUUGGCGGCACAAAAGUCUGUUUGCAGCAUAUACAGUAUUUUAACAGUAAUCUUUUCCAAUAAUGUUCAUGUACAUAGUUCAUUUGUUUCUAUUAUGUGUUGUGUCUGUGCAGUCGAAAUCUGUUUUCUUUUGUGUCCAUUUCCUGUGAGGAUCGGACAAAGGACCUCUUGACCACUAGUGAACCACUAGACCAGAUCGACUCCUGAUACCUUUGUCCUAAUUUUAACAUGAGUCAUAUAGUUCUAUUUCCAAAACCUGAUGCGAGAAAAUAACCAUGGACUCAACUCCCCAAAAUGCUGCUCAGUUCAACACAGAUGAAUUGAAAUACCAUGGUAGACCUUAAAAGGACCAGCGACAGAAAUAAGACGUCUCGAAAAUUAGACACUUUUCUUGGUCUGCAAUGUUGGUUCAUUUCAUUCGUAUGUAAUCAGAUAUAGGAUUAUCUGCAGACAUCGGGUAUUCUGGGAUUAUCGAUUCACUUAUUGUCAUAAGCCCUGAUCUGUAGUGGAAUGCUGCGUGCACCAAAUGACUAAUUCUGUGAUCAGAACUAUUAAUUAAUCUAUGGUAAUUAAUAAGCCAUGACAUUAAGAGUGGAGUUUAGCAUUGAUAUUACAUAUACAUUAUUAUUGGAUUUUUGACUACACGUUGCAUGAUCACAUUGGUAUAUUAUAUAUCAAAUGUCUAUAUUUUAUACAUGUAUACCUUAAAAAUAUCUUUGGAUUGGCUCAAAUCACAUCACUCUAGAUUAAUCCUAUGCUGUUGGUGAUGACAAAGAGCAGAGAUUAUCAUCAGCGGUGCUCUUUGGUGAGUUCAUCACCAAAUGAAGGACAUUGAAUUUGCUGUGCGGCACAAAAUUGUUAGUUCAUUUCGCCAUGACAAUAUUGUCUAUCAGUGAAAUCCAUGACGUGAGGAUCACAAGGCACUAUAUACUGGUCUUUGGAUUAAUACAGUGUUUCAGUAUCAGUUAAAGUGAAUUAUGUCUUUGAGUACAUUUUUGACCACGAAGGUCCUUUAUGACCAUGAUGAUUUGUGAUUAAGUGAUGUUUGGUGGAGAGGGUUAAAACAUCUCAUGAUUCAAAUUAAUAAAAUGUAUAUUUCACCAUUGGUGGAUUUUUGUUGGUGUUUGGAAAAAUCUUUGUCUUUUUAGAAAUAAAACAUAUAUAAAAAAAUAUGUAUUCCAUGUUUGAAUAUACGUUCUUGUGGAUGCUGUUUAUUUUGCGACUCCGCACACAUGUAAUAAUCCUAGCUGUUGUAUAACUGUCAGUGCUCUUGUAAGCCUGGUAGUGUGCGUAAAAAACCAUCUGUGUUCAGCAGACUUAUUGUACAUUAAGAAAUACUCUGUAGUUGCUGCUUUUCUAGUUGCACUUUAUUUUUUGGACAAUUGUCAAUCCAACCAAUGACUGUACAACUUGUCUUGACAUAGAUAACAUCCCCCAAUAGGCUACAAGCUUUUUACUGUAAUUAGGUCUUGAUUGAAUCUUAACUCUAGUUGUGUCUUUGUCUUGAUGUGCGCGCUUUACCCCUUUGGCUGUGCUAUGUAGUCGCCAUUGUUUUAGAAAAAACUUCGGAAAUAGUUUUAUAUACUGUAGUACUUGAUUGUGCAUAUAGCGCUAAUAGUCAUUUCCGUUCAUGCGUCAUCUUGUGUAUGUAUUACCAGGUCAUCAGCAGUUAGCAUUUAGAAUUAUGUGAAUAUCAACUUCGGUUGAAAUGUCCUGCAUCCUUAGAAGGCACAGCCUCAUUUAGCUGUUGUUAGAGCAGUAUUGUAGUUCUCUCUGGUCCCCUAGACUCCCAAAGGACAAAGAAACAAUUUUAAAGCACUCCUAGUCGAGCAAUGGAGGGAGCCAUGACCCGCGAUUUUAGCACUCUGCAUGACAAAAAGAUCUCUUGUCUGCCGUCAAAUCUGUAAUUGCUGGGUUUGUUUUUGACUCCCGCAAACAAGCAAUUUUUGUUGCAUGCGAUCAUGAUUGCACGACGCAGUAAUAAGUUGCUUGUUUGCAGGGUGCCUUAGGUCCUUCACCUAUGUAUUUCGACCGCACACUGGUGUAACUUGUGUUCUGGGUCACAAAGCAGGAUUAAGUGGAUUAUAGAUUUAGGUCUUGGAUGCACCUGGGUUGAUUUAAUGACAAGGGAUACGUUUUUGAACGUCUCAUAUUUGAGUGUGGUGAUGCUCCUCUGGAGAAGGCCAUUUGAAAAAACUUGAAAAAAAUUUCUGCCAAAAGUAAAUUUGUGUGUACUAAAUAUUUACAUUGUCCAAAACUGAUCUUUAUAAUGUUCAGAAUUGGAUCAAGUUUAACUUGAACCCACAAUGAAUGAGUUGAAACAGUCAGUAAAGUGACUUAUCCCCUUGUCAUUACCCCAGUUUUUACCAAGAGAUAAUUGAACCCAGUUUAACGUAAUAUGCAAAUUAGAUUUGUCAGGGACUAGAAAAAACAAUACAUUGUAUAUUUGAUUGACUAGGAUAUUAUAUUUUUUUAGAAUACACUGGUGUAAGAUAUUGAAUCUUGGUUUGGCAGUGACACUCACAAUGCUAGUAAAACGAUUAAAUGAUUUUCUCAAGGACAAAUAACACGCUUGGUUGGGUUUAUGUAUAUUUUGUUUAAAGUUUGUAAAUUUUCAUAGUGAAGCUUAUAACUUGGAGGCAUUCAGCUAUACGAGAAUGCACCACAUCUAUAAUCAAUUACCUAUUGGAUUGUUUAAUAUAUCUUAUAAUAAAGUGGGUCCAAUUAUCUUAGCCGGUACUCUGUAUAGUCUGUUGUCCGUGUUAAGUGUUGUGACCAUCAUGAUCGAAUUCAUAUUUCACAAAUGUGAUAGAAAUGUUUGAGCUGGCUUCAAGAAAACUUCAAUGCUAAUUGAGUAUGCCGAAACUCCAAACUUUCUCCGAUUUCAGGAGGGAAAAUGGGCAAACUAUUAUAUGUCGAUGUUGUGCCCAUGCUGAACUAAAUGGGCCGAAUUUACGAAGGGUGUUUAAGAGUUAGACGCGCGUAAAUUCUACAUAAUCAGUUUCAGGGCCUAAUGCGGUUUUCAUGAAGAAACCCUGCAAGGCCCUGACUCUGUCUAUUCAGACAUUAAACGCUGUUUUAAGCUAAACACCCUUUGUAAAUGCGGCCCAAUAUUUCUCAAUCUGAUGUCCAUUUGGACUUCACUUGUGACUUCACCACCAUACUAGUCUGGGGUGGUAACAGUAUUGAGAACUUGAACUCGGCCCUCAGACUUGGAUUUCAGCUUUCAGUUGUGAAAUGUGAAUGGUUGAUCCAUCCCAUCCCUAUAUAGAAAGGGAGUGGGCUUAUUUGGCACCCUGUUUGUACAUCUAGCCAACACCUUGCUUCACAAUUUAAAUUACAAUGUAUGCCAUAGUCAGCUUUUAAAAAAACACCAGCCAGUUUUAUGACCUGUGAGGGACCUUUAGUAAGAGCUAUGCAUAUUUUUAUCAGUAGUUGAAAUACUUAACUGUGCAUUAGAAUUUUGACUUUUGAGGUGGUUGGUGGAGAUUAUUUAAGAAAUGCCUUGAAAUUGUGAUACCCCGCUGGUUUCCAGUGUAUUUGCCACUCCAAAGAAGUAAGAUGUGCCCCUGAGGUAUUACCUUCAGACCAUUUCGGCAAAGCAUGAGAAAUUUAGCAGACCGAGAAGCAAUAAUUGCAUACUACCCUGUUACACAUUAUAGUUCCCUCCUUCAAGUUUCCUUGUCAAUUUUGAUAUCAAUUUGUUUCUGACUUGGCGCUCAGUUUCUGGGAAUAGAGAGUUUGCACCCCUAAAGACCAAAUUCGAACAUGUUAGGAGUGAAACCCUGAAUUUGUGGGCAUUCUUCUCACCCUGGUUUAGCACUGAGCUGCCUCCUAAUGUUAUAAUGGGCUAGCUUGGCCAUGCCAUCCAGUUUUGAAAAAACCAUCAGGCUGUCUAUUUUUGGAUUAUUAAGGGUAGCAGAAAUUAGUUAGAUGAUUUGUCUCUAUUUCUAUUGUUGAAUGCUGAGCUUGGUAUGGUCGUCCUGUUUGGCUGAUGAUGUAUGUGCAAUACUCAGGAAUUGGUGGUGACAUCUUUUGGGAGAGACGACUCGGCAAGGCAGCAAAUCAAAAGCUCUCGGCCUUAGAAAUAUCAAGGCAGACAAUUACAACCAUAAAACUUGCACCGUUUUCUUGAACUCUUUUCAAGAGCAUUAUAAACAGUGUCAUGACUCAAGUUCAUUGAUGUUUUUUUGGAUGUCCUAUCAAAUGUAUUAAGGCUAAUUGCUUGACAAGGUGUAGGAGUUAAUUGCUUCCACCACAAUUUUGCCUCGAUAUUUCUAGGGCAGAUAACUUUAAUGUAUAUUGGCAUUAUAAUUUGUAUAGAUUCACUGUCAUUGUUGUUGUAUUGUCUGAAUUUGCAGUAUUAUUAGACACUGUAGUGCGACAUAAUCGCUUUGAAUAACGCAGUGUAGUACACCAUACAUACAGCUGUGAAUUACAUGUAUUUGAUGUAACUUUCUGACCGAACGUACAACACGACUCUGCCAUGGAUACUGACUGAGGGGACAGAUUGCAACAAAAUCAGUAAUUUGGUGCCUGGAUGUCUGAUUAGAACUAAUGAGGAGAGUGUCACAUGGCUGUUCAGAAUGGACUUUCUGUUAACCCUUAAAGGUCUGAAAGUGUAACAAACGACAACAUUUCAUAAUACAUAUGUAUAAUUAUUGUGGAACCAUCACAGUACUUUUACAAACAUCUCGUAUACGAGCAAGAUGGUGGUAGCUGUUUUUCAAGCAAUGACCUAAACCAAGAAGCCCAACUAUGAGAUUCUGCAACUUCCAUGAACAUUACAUCAUUCCAUCUUCUGGGGUUUCAUCAUUAAGAACAUAAAGUGUAAGAAUAUGUAUAAGAAGUAGGAUGCCUGUUUCAGUCAUGUGUUUGUGUAGUUACCAAGCAUAUUACAUGUACUUGUCAUUUUCAUAACACCUUUUGAUCUCCUGACCUCAUAUUUGAGCACACCUGCUGAUCUAGAGGUGCAGGAUGAUAUAACGUCAUCAGGCGAGGUCUGAUUUUCCAUCAAUUGUCGAACAAACCUACUGAGAAGUGUACGCACAUUGACUGCCAAUAUUUUCAUCACCGUCUAGUCUUUGUUAGAUGACAUAGGGAGAAUACAACACUCCCAACCUGUGUGGAACACAGAAACUUGCCAAGGGAUAGAAUAGCUACUGGUUAUUCCAUACCUUGUCAAUAAAUAGAAAAUAGAUGAAGAAGAUCUUUCAUCUCUAUGUAAAUAGACUUAAAUGUUAGAUAUACUUGUGAAUUUGUGGAUGGUAGGAAGUAGUCAAUUUGUAAUAACUGAGGAGUAAGUGUCACGUUUCUAUGAGCACCCUAAAUUUUGUCCUUGAUUAAGUCAAUUCUAUCUGUAAUCGAGAUUAUUAAUAUUCACCAUCAUUUUUAUCAAUAACUUCAAAUAAACAAUUGGUCCUUA